AUGAAUGUUACACGUGUCUUUGAGCGGACAUUUCCUUUGACGCCUCUAAUCUUACGAGGCUACACGAAAAUUUCUACAGCAGAAAUUAAUCCUAAUAUGCAUAAAUUAGAAUACGCUGUUCGAGGUCCUAUUGUUCAGCGCGCAAACGAUAUCGAGAAAGGCCUUUUGAGAGGCGAGAAAAAACCAUUUGAUAGCAUUAUUAAAUGCAAUAUUGGUGAUUGUCAAAAUGCUGGCCAAUUGCCAAUAUCGUUUAUUCGUCAAGUAAUUGCGGUUGCCUGUGACACCGAACUUAUGGAUUCUUCUGUAAUUCCAGAGGAUGCUAAAUCACGAGCUAUACGUUUCUUGAAUAGCGUCGGAGGCAGUGUUGGUUGUUACAGUCAAUCGGUUGGUGUUGAAGUUGUUCGCCAAGAUAUUGCAGACUAUAUAGAACAGAGAGAUGGAAUUCCUUCAAAUUCUGAAGAUAUUUUCUUGGCAUCUGGUGCUUCUGAAGCUGUUAAAUUCAUUCUAGAAUUAGUAUCUACUACAAAGGAGGGUUCGCAACGUGCUGGAAUAAUGAUUCCGAUUCCUCAGUAUCCUUUAUAUUCUGCUACAAUUAGCGAAUACAAUAAUUAUCAGAUUGGCUACUACUUGGAGGAGGAGACUGGAUGGAGCCUCAGUGAGGUGGAGCUAGAAAAGCGCUUAGAAGAGGCCAAGGGACACUGUACUCCUCGCGUUUUGGUGGUAAUCAACCCUGGGAAUCCCACGGGUCAAGUACUAACUCGUGAAAAUAUCGAAUCAGUACUUCGUUUCGCCCAUCGUCAUAACCUCCUGGUUCUCGCCGAUGAGGUCUACCAGCACAACAUCUACGCGCCCGAUCGCCAAUUCCAUUCCUUUAAACGUGUCCUCCAUGACAUUGGCGGCGAUAUUGCUAAGGAGGUACAACUUGCUAGCAUGAUGUCGGCAAGCAAAGGUUUCAUGGGAGAGUACGUUCACAUUAAUUCAGUGCUUGAGUUAAUAAUAACUCCUCGUAGUACUUCAUUGCUAGUCUACCCACAUGAGGGUAUUGUAAAUGUGAAGGAUUAG